GAGCCGUAGCACUGAAGAAUCUUGAAAUAAAAGAAAAUGCACUGAGUCAGCUGGAUGUGCCAUUUAAAGUUAAAGCAGGACAUAUUGGCCAACUUAACCUACAGAUUCCAUGGCAAAACCUUUAUACUCAACCUGUUGAGGCGGUUCUUGAUGGAGUUUAUUUGCUUAUUGUGCCCACAGCCAGCAUAAAAUAUGAUGCUGAAAAAGAAGCCAGGCAGCUCUUGGAAGCAAGACAAAGGGAAUUGCAAAGGAUAGAGGAAGCAAAACAGAAAAUAGCUGACCAAGAUAAAGUAAAAGAAGAGAAACAAGACACUUUUGUUGAAAAACUAGUCACUCAGGUCAUCAAAAAUCUUCAGGUGAAAAUUUCCAACAUCCAUAUUCGCUAUGAAGAUGAUAUCACAAAUCGGAAUAACCCCUUGUCAUUUGGGAUUUCACUUCAGAAUCUAAGUUUACAGACCUCAGAUAAGAAUUGGAAUCCAUGUUUACAUGAUGAAACUGCCAAGUUAUUCUACAAGCUUGUACGACUGGAUAACCUUUUUGCUUACUGGAAUGUGAAAUCGGAGAUGUUCUACCAUGGUGGUUGUGAUGAAUCGUUGGUUAACUUAAAACAGGGAGUUGCCAGCCACAAUGUGAUUCCAGAAGGUUAUGAUUUUGUAUUCCGUCCAAUUUCAGCUAGAGCCAAACUGCUUAUGAAUCCUCGCUCUGAUGUUGACUUUUCAUCACCGAAAAUGGAUUUAGGUGUAGAUUUACAGGAUAUAACUGUUGAAUUCAAUAAGCCACAGUACUUCAGUGUUAUGGAGCUUCUUGAAUCUAUUGAUAUGAUGACUCGAAAUCUGCCAUACAGGAAGUACAGACCUGAUGUUCCAUUGCACAACAAUGCCAAGACAUGGUGGAAAUAUGUUAUUUAUGGCAUCCUUGAAGUAAAUGUUCAACCUAAGCUCCAAAUGUGGUCAUGGGAACAUAUUCGGUACCAUAGGAAACAAGUGAAGAGCUAUAAAGAGAUGUAUAAAACAAAGAUAACAUCAAAAAAACCUAAUGAAGAAAUCUUAAAAUUGUUGGAGGAAUUCGAAAAGGCCUUGGAUAUUUUUAACAUCACUCUAGCAAGGCAACAAGCGGAAGUUGAGGCAACUAAGGCUGGAUUAAAAAUCUACAGACCAGGAGUAAAACAAGAUGAUGAAAAUUCUGGUGGCUGGUUUAGUUGGAUAUGGAGCUGGUCAGGUGAAAAAAAGGAUGAACAAAAACCAGAAGUAAAAGGUUCAAGUCUUGAAGAGCUGAUGACAUGUGAAGAGAAGGCUAAACUUUAUGCAGCAAUUGGAUACAGUGAAACAGCUGUGGAUCCAACCCUUCCAAAAUCAUAUGAAGCCAUGAAGUUCUCUGUGAAGUUAUUAAGCAUGUCUAUAUCAAUAAGAGAAAACAAGCAAAGUCCUGAGCUGGUAGAAUUCGCAUUAACUGGCUUGAGUACAGUAUUUACCCAACGACCAGGUGCACAAGCAAUAAGGUUUGAAACAGAAAUUACCUCACUUGAAGUUACAGGCAUGUCCCGAGAAAAGUGUACACCCUGUCUCCUAUCUUCUCGAACGGUCUAUUCGGACAGGAGUACCUCACUCUUAAGCAUAAUGUUUGAGACCAAUCCUUUGGAUGAGAAAGCAGAUCAGAGGCUUAGAAUAGAAUCACAGCCGCUGGAAAUAGUGUAUGAUGCGAUGACAAUAAAUAGCUUAGUGGAUUUCUUCAGGCCUCCAAAAGAUGUACAUUUAGAGCAAUUGACAUCAGCAACUCUGAUGAAGCUUGAAGAGUUCCGUGAAAAAACAUCAACAGGUUUGUUGUAUGUUAUUGAAACCCAGAAAGUUCUUGACCUCAAAAUUAACCUCAUGGCUUCAUACAUCAUUGUUCCACAAAAAGGAUUCUAUGACUGUAUGUCAAAUUUACUACUUCUGGAUCUUGGUAGUCUUAAG